AGGAGCCGGGAUAGGAACCGGGAUUGGGAUCGGUGCUGCGGCGGUGACUCAGAGGCAGCAGGAACAUGGCAAACUCAACACAGGGCCUCCCCAGCGCUGAGCUCUGGGCCUCCCAUAACAAGAUGGUGAUGGAGCCACUCGACACCAACGACCCGGAGGUGCACAGCAUCAUCAAGAAGGAGAAGCAGCGGCAGAGGCUGGGGCUGGAGCUGAUUGCGUCGGAGAACUUUGCGAGCCGAGCGGUGCUGGAGGCGCUGGGAUCCUGCAUGAACAACAAAUACUCCGAGGGUUACCCGGGACAGAGGUAUUAUGGCGGGACAGAGCACGUGGAUGAGCUGGAAAGGCUGUGCCAGCAGCGAGCCCUGCAGGCUUACCGGCUCGACCCCCAGAAGUGGGGCGUCAACGUCCAGCCCUACUCAGGGUCCCCCGCCAACUUUGCGGUGUACACGGCCCUGGUGGAGCCCCACGGCAGGAUCAUGGGGCUGGACCUGCCCGACGGGGGCCACCUCACCCACGGGUUCAUGACGGACAAGAAGAAGAUCUCUGCCACCUCUGUCUUCUUCGAGUCCAUGCCCUACAAGGUCAACCCCAAGACUGGUUACAUCGACUACGACCAGCUGGAGGAGAAUGCCCGGCUCUUCCACCCCAAGCUGAUCAUAGCAGGUGUCAGCUGCUACUCCCGCAACCUGGACUAUGCCCGCAUGCGCAGGAUCGCAGACGCCAACGGCGCCUACCUGAUGGCUGACAUGGCCCACAUCAGCGGGCUGGUGGCCGCCGGCGUGGUGCCCUCGCCCUUCGACCACUGCGACGUCGUCUCCACCACCACCCACAAGACCCUGCGGGGCUGCAGGGCCGGCAUGAUCUUCUACCGCAAAGGCACCCGCAGUGUGGACCCCAAGACGGGCAAGGAGACACUCUACAACCUGGAGAGCCUCAUCAACCAGGCGGUCUUCCCGGGGCUGCAGGGAGGCCCACACAACCACGCCAUUGCAGGGAUCGCCGUGGCGCUGCGCCAGGCCAUGACCCCUGAGUUCAAGGCCUACCAGCAGCAGGUGGUGGCCAAUUGCAAGGCCCUCUCGACGGCGCUGAUGGAGAUGGGCUACGACAUUGUCACAGGGGGCUCUGACAACCACCUGAUCCUGCUGGACCUGCGCAGCAAAGGCACGGACGGCGGCCGGGCCGAGCGGGUGCUGGAGAUCUGCUCCAUCGCCUGCAACAAGAACACCUGCCCCGGUGAUGUCAGUGCCCUGCGCCCCAGCGGGCUGCGGUUCGGGACCCCCGCUCUCACCUCCCGCGGCUUCCGGCAGGACGAUUUCCGCAAGGUGGCUCAGUACAUCCACAGAGGGAUCGAGCUGGCGCUGCGCGUGCAGAAGGACAUGAGCCCCAAGGCCACGCUGAAGGAAUUCAAGGAGAAGCUGGAGGAGGAGAAAUACCGUGCGGAGCUGAAGGCACUGAAGGAAGAGGUGGAAGCCUUUGCAGCCACCUUCCCGCUCCCAGGGCUGCCUGUCCUGUAAGGGGAGACACCAACGCUCUGCUCCCGCAGCCUCGGGAGGAGCCGGGAUCACGGCACACUCACACCCCAACACCCCUGUGCCUUCUCCCAGCACCUCCCUGCUGCAACUGCAGCAGCAGCUCAUCCUUUGGCUCUUACUCCCCUCUCCCCUCCCAUGUGGGGCACAAGGACCCCCUGAGCACAGCCCCUGUCGGGACACCAGCCCUUGAGCACUCAGUGUCACCACUGGGACCGAGCACCAGGUCACCCUCACCUCACAGCCAGCUGCCACCCAGCUCCCACUGGCUGUGGGAGCAGCACAUGAGGCCGGUCUGUCCACAUUCCCUGGACACACUGCCCACAGCAGCAGGAGAGAUGGGUGGUCCAGCUGCACAAGAAACUUCACAGUCACUAAACCCCACCCUGGUUUCAGCCUCAAGGAUUCCCCUUCAUCCUAUGUGCCUUCCCACCUCCUGUGCAGGCUCUGACAAGGCCAGGCCUUGUCCCUAACAUCCCUCCUGGGAUCACCCUCUCCACCCUAGCCAGACUCUCUGGUAUUUUCUCAGACCUCUGAGCACAAAGCUUAUGUGGAACCAUUUUUUAAUAAGCACGGUAAAAUUAAGAAUUUAACCACAAUGUAUGACAAGAAUUGUAAGCUUUAAAAAAUACGACCGAUUUUUUUUUUUUUUUUUUGUAUUUCAAAAAUAUCUGAACCCAAAUAAAUAAUUAUUUUUUUUUUUAAAAGUA